UAAUGUUUUUGGGACGGAGGGAGUACCUGUUUUCAGCUUAAUCCUAGGAUGUGUCAUUUCCAGGAUUCCAGAUCAUUCUCUGUCCCAACUACUAGACAAACCGCUCGUUAGGCUGAUGAAGAACAAUUCAUACUCACUUGUACCAAAGAGAUCGGAAUCAGCUUUGAGGUCCGAAUAUACCGGAAUAUCGGAUCGAUGACGGGGACAGGGCAAGCUUACGGGGAAUCAUUGUAUUGGGACAAACGAUAUACUGAUGAAGCAGGCCCCUUUGAUUGGUACCAGAAGUAUCCAUCACUCAAACCACUCCUCAACCUCGACGUCCCUCACAACCAUCAUGUCCUCAUUGUCGGUUGAGGUAAUUCUGCUUUUAGUGAAGGAAUGGUUGAUGAUGGUUAUGAGGAUGUGGUCAAUGUUGAUAUAUCUUCCGUGGUAAUCAAAGCAAUGCAAAAGAAGUAUUCUGAUCGACCACAAUUGAAAUAUAUGAAGAUGGAUACACGAGACAUGAAUUGUUUUGAAGGUGGUUCAUUCGAUGCUGUUGUUGAUAAAGGUAAACAAUUAUCAGAAGGAAACUCACGGCAGCGGAAAUGGGAGCUGACAUCAACCAUUCCUCUGGACGGCGUUGGAAAAUCUGUUGAAGCUAUGUUAGGAGAAAACCCUGAUGUUCAUUACAUAUACGUUUGUAUUAAGAUCAGUACCAUCUAUCCUCUGAACUAAAAGAGUACAUAUAUAAUAGAGUCCGCAACUUAAAUAACCCAAAAAAUGUCAAAAGGUAUCAAAAUACCCCAUUAAAAAACAAAGUUAC